AUGGCCCCCGCCCGCUGCCCCGCGCGGGCCCUGCUGCUCGCCUACGCCAGCCUGCUGGCCGCCGCCGUGGGCCUGGGCUCCCCGGAGCCCGGCUCGCCCUCGGGGAGCCGCGCCCGCGACGAGCCGCCGCCCGGGAACGAACUGCCGGCGGGGCCGGCCGCCCGCCCGCCGGAGCCCCCCAUGGAACGAGCCCACGGUCUCAUCGACCCCCGAGACACCUGGAUGCUCUUCGUCAGGCAGAGUGACAAGGGUGUCAACAGCAAGAGGGGGAGCAGGGGCAAGGCCAAGAAGCUGAAGCUUGGUCUGCCAGGACCCCCGGGGCCUCCCGGCCCCCAGGGCCCCCCAGGCCCCAUCACCCCACCUGAGGUCCUACUGAAGGAGUUCCAGCUGCUGCUGAAAGGCGCGGUGCGCACGCGGGAGUGCGCGGAGUCCGAGCCCGGCCCGCGCGUUCCCGCCGCGGUGCCGGCCGGCAGCCCGGAGGACGACAAGGAGGCGGCGGCGGGGGACGCGGGCGUGCUGGCGCUGCUGGCCGCGCCCGUGGCCCCCGGCCCGCAGGCGCCGCGCGUCGAAGCCGCCUUCCACUGCCGCCUGCGCCGGGACGCGUCGGUGGAGCGGCGCGCGCUGCACGAACUCGGCCUCUACUACGUGCCCGACGCCGAGGGCGCCUUCCGCCGCGGCCCAGGCCUGAACCUGACCAGCGGCCAGUACACGGCGCCCGUCGCCGGCUUCUACGCGCUCGCCGCCACGCUGCACGUGGCGCUGGCCGAGCCGCCGAGGCGGGGGCCGCCGCGCCCCCGGGAUCGCCUGCGUCUGCUCAUCUGCCUGGAGUCCCGGUGCCAGCACCAUGCCUCCCUGGAGGCUGUCAUGGGGCUGGAGAGCAGCAGUGAGCUCUUUACCAUCUCGGUCAAUGGCGUUCUCUACCUGCAGGCCGGGCAGUACGCCUCCGUCUUCCUGGACAACGCCAGCGGCUCCCCCCUCACGGUGCGCGGCGGCUCCCACUUCAGCGCCGUCCUCCUUGGUGUGUGAGCGCCACACCGGAGUGUGAACAACCCCAGGGGCACUGCUGGAGUGGCAGACACCACGGGCAGGAGGGAGCCCGCCGGAGUGCCUGCGCGCCCUGGCCACCGCAGCUGAAGCCAGAGAUGCCACUACGGGCAGCCCGCGGAGGCGACACGCACGCUGGCGGUCCCAGAACUCCAGAUGAUCCCGGGACGCCGUCUUUCCCAAGGAGGGGUUUCAGCAUGCCCAGGCGCGCGCGUUUUUGUCCCUCCCCAGCUGCAGACCUGGGCCCCUCCUGGCCGCCCCGGGCAGCUUGCCCAGGUGGCCUGAGUUUCAUGGCUGAGGUCCAGCCACACCUUUUCCAUCUUUCCUGGGGCUCUCAUGGGCUGCCCGCUGGGCGUGCCAACAAGGAGGGGAGAGGCCGCCCAGCCUGCCUGGCGUCCACCUGCCCCUUCCCAGCCGUGCCUUUGGCUGCCGUGGACCUCAGGGCACUGCUUGGCCUGCAGGGGCCACAGGGCCCGAGUCUGUCCUUGUGGCCCCUGGGCACAGCAGCCUUGGGCACCAGGGACUGAUAGGGGCUGACGGGGACAGUGAGUCCGGAGCUGUUCUCACGUGUGCGCGAGAGUCUAUUCAUGAGCUCGCCUGGCUUCCCCACCAUCCCCUCCUUUGCAAACCCUCCCCCGGACGAGGUCGUCUUGCCUGUCCCCUUGAGGCCCUGGCGCGCUGCUCGGGCCCACCCACCAGAGGAGAGAGCUGGAACAUCCUUGCAGACUGGGGAGGGCCAGGCCUUGCGCCCUCAUCUGGAUGGGUGAAGCUGCGGCCCCCGCAGGCUGGCAGCUCUGGGUGCCCAGUCAACACGGUCCAGCCCCACUGGGUCCAUCCAGCUCUGGGCUCUUCAGAGCGUCUUCCCCAGUCGGGUGGCACCGUGGCCCCAAGUUCAGAUGGGCAUUGUGGGCAGGCUGGGGAACAAGUGCUCUGCCCUGACGCAGCGGUGAUGGGAUUCGGAGCUGGGGGAUGGUGGCUGUUUCCGUGAAGAGACAAGCGUGUCUGAGAGUUCCUGCCAUUUCUUGACACAGGGCCCCCCUGGCCUGCUGAGGAAGUUACCCCCACCUCCGUUCCUGCACGGAAAACAGGCCACAGGAAUACUGGUACCGCAGGAGCUCCUGGGGCCCAAGCUGGUCUGGCAAGGGUGCCUCCAGGCCUGGGAGAGGCAGGGGCGAUGACUGCAGUCACCCUGCUCCUUGGCCUCCUAGCUGGCCCGGGGGUGAGCAGGUGCCCAGGAGCCCUUGGCUUCCAGCCCACAGUCUAACGGGAACCCCAGGCACUGCACACACAAACCGACCAGUCUGUGCCCUUCGGCAGGCGUGCUGCCUUUCGGCGGGCUGGGCACAGUUCUCAGUAGGACGCACCCCCACCCUACCAGGAACGGCCAGCCGGCUGGCGUCCUGCCUGCCCACCCCCGCUCCUAGAUAAGGGGUGGUGUGGCCACACCCUCUUCUGGAUUUCUCUUUACCCAGUGGGUACAGAUACUUUAGAAAAGCUUUCACCCUGGGGAGACCCACGGUCCUUCUUUUUCUUGAUAUAAGUGUGUUAUACAGCAAUUAA